GAUUUUCAGAAAUUUAACUAGGUAAAGUUUAUGGAAAAUGGGGUUUCUCAACAAAAUUAUCCCUAAGGAUGCUCCUCUUUCUGAAACAUCUCACCUAAAAACCGAAAAAGAGAUUCCAGAUGACCUCAAGCUACAGGCUGUCAAGUCUGGCGAAAUGGACAUGUUGUCCGCACAGCUUUCCCAGGAAAUUCUUGAGGACGAGUAUGCCGGUAUUGUCAUCGAUGAUGAUUCUCCAUACCCAGAAGUGAGAGCUGCGAUUUCUUCCUCCGAUGACCCGUCGAUUCCCCAGAAUACCAUCAGAAUGUGGGUCUUGGGUAUGCUUAUGACCACUAUUGGGUGUGCUUUGAAUUUGUUCUUUUCUUUGCACAGAAAUUCCAUCCUGAUCACCACUUUGGUUACUUCCAUUCUUGCCUGGCCCUUGGGUAGAGCCUGGGAAUUCUUACCGAACGUAAAAAUUUUCGGUGCAGAAUUAAACCCAGGUCCCUUCAACAUCAAGGAGCACACCUUUAUCACCAUCAUGGCUAAUGUUUCGUACGGUGGCGGUGCUGCGUAUGUUACCGAUAUUCUCGUGGCCUUGACCACCUUUUAUAAAAAGGACUUUGGCUGGGGGUUCAACUUAUUGGCUAUCUGGUCCACCCAAUGUAUUGGUUUCUCUAUGGCUGGUCUCUGCAGAAAGAUUCUUGUUGAGUCUCCAAGUGCUAUUUGGCCACAAAACUUGGUCAUCUGUACCUUCUUGUCCAACAUUCACACUAACGUGAAUCACCCUGCAAACGGGUGGAAAAUUUCACGUCUUCGGUUUUUCUUGAUCAUCUUUAUUUGCGCUUUCGUCUGGUACUGGAUUCCGGGCUUCCUUUUCCAAGCCUUGUCCGACUUCGCGUGGGUCACUUGGAUCAGGCCUAACAACGUCAUCAUCAAUCAGGUGUUUGGGACCUAUAGUGGACUUGGGAUCUUCCCAAUCACCUUUGACUGGAACACGAUCUCUGCCUAUAUCGGUUCUCCAUUGGUUCCACCGGUGUCUGUCAUUUUCACCAUCUUGUUCUCAAUGACCACCAUGUUCUGGAUCGUUACUCCAGUUAUCCACUACAAGAACGUCUGGUUCGGCAAGUACUUGCCAAUGUCCAGUUCCGGUUCCUACGACAGAUUCCAGAAUUCAUAUAACGUGUCCAAAAUCGUGGAUGAAAACUUGAACUUUAACCUUGAAGCGUUCGACAACUACUCUCCGUUGUACUUAUCCACCACCUUUGCCAUUUCCUACGGGUUGUCCUUUGCGUCGAUGACCGCCACCAUCGUCCACACCGCACUUUUCCACGGAAAGGAUAUCUGGAAUCAGAUCCGCCUGGUCGGGAGCUUCAAGCCAGAUGUGCACAACAGAUUGAUGAAGUCCUACAAGAAGGUUCCAGAAUGGUGGUACGCUAUUGUUUUCCUCGUCUUCUUUGCGAUGUCUAUCGCUUUGAUCAGAGCCUGGCCAACUGAGAUGCCUGUAUACUCCCUCAUUAUUGCUCUUUUGAUUGCCUUUUUCUUCUUGAUCCCGGUUGGGGUUAUCUUUGCCUUGACCAACAUCGCUGUUGGCUUGAACGUUAUUACCGAGUUCAUUAUUGGUUAUAUGGUUCCAGGGAAACCAGUUGCCAUGAUGUUCUUCAAGACCUUCGGCUACAUCACCAACAACCAGGCUGUGACAUACGCCCAGGACAUGAAGUUGGGUCACUACAUGAAGUUGCAGCCACGUCUUGUCUUUUGGGCUCAGUUUAUUGCUUCCAUCUGGGGUUCGUUAGUGCAGAUCUGUGUGUUGAAGUGGGCCCAGGGCUCUAUUGAUGACAUUUGUAAGCCAACCCAAAAGAGCGGAUUCACUUGCCCUAACGGUACAGUCUUCUUCAACGCUUCGAUUAUCUGGGGUGUCAUUGGACCUGCCAGACAGUUCUCUGGUGGUAAGUUGUACAACGGCUUGUUGCACUUCUUCUGGGUCGGUGCUCUCUUGCCUGUGAUCAACUGGCUUGUCUUGAAGAAGUGGCCAAAUUCUCCAAUCAAGUACCUCCACUGGCCGGUCUUUUUCUCUGCUACCGGUUACAUUCCACCAGCCACUGCCUACAACUACGGGUCAUACUGUAUUGUUGGUAUCAUUUUCGGCUACUUCAUUAAGAAGAGAUUCUUCCACUGGUGGACGAAGUACAACUACUCCCUUUCCGCUGGCUUAGACAUCGGUUUAGCGUGGUCUUCAUUGAUUAUUUUCUUGGCUUUGGCCUUGACAAACACGAAUGCACCAAGCUGGUGGGGUAAUAACGUGAUUAACGGUACCUUGGACACCCAGUACGCGGCAAUCAACCGUGUUGUCCCGGAUGGCGGGUCCUUUGGUUUGACCAAAUGGUAGUGGAUGAUCUAGUGCUUUGCUGUAACAAGUAUAAACGGUUCUUGGCUUUCAGGAUUACAGUAUUCAAACUGAUCCUACAAUGAUUGUUGGGCUUGUUCUGGCUCUUGUGUAUUUU